AUGAAUAAUGAGCUUAUCAAACAAACAAUAGAUCAUGUCAAUGCAAAUCAAAACGAUAUCAAUGAAAUCAAGAUGAUUGAUUAUGAUCUUGAAAAUAGCAAAAGUACGAUCAAAUGUGAAUUUGAUCAGCACAAAUUUGAAAAGAAUUUCGCUAGCCAAUAUUCAACAAAACAAUCUCAUAUCUACACUCCUCUAAUUCUCAAUAACAAUAAUAUCGAUGAAGAUAUGACAAUAGCAAUUCAAAUGAUACAUAUGACAAGUAGACAAACAAACUUUCUCACACCGAUACAUCAACAACAACAGCAACAACAGCAACAACAGCAACAACAACAAUACGAUGCAAACAAACAGAGAUUUAAUAAUAAUGUUGUUGGUGGAAUUGGAAUACCUAUGAAACAAGCGGCAGCACCACAGAUACAACAACACAAUAUCAUAAAUAACAAUAGCAAUAGUAUUGGUAAUAGAAUAAACCUUCAGAACAGAUUGCCCACAAGCAAUACAUCGGUGAUGAACAAUGUUGGUUCAUCUAUGUCAGCCAACGCAAAUCUAUUUAGGCCGAGCACAAAGAUAGUUGGUUCACCACUUUUGAAACCACCAUUUCAAUCAAAGAAACCUGCUUCUACUUUAAUAACUAAUCAACAAUCAUAUCUGCAUCAACAUCAACAUCAACAUCAACAACAACAACAGAAUCAUCAACAAAACAAUUUACUACAACAACAACAAUACCAUCAACAAAACAAUUUACAACAACAAUCGAAUCAUUCUCAAUAUGAUAACUCAGGAUUCGUACAGACACCAAGCUUUGCAGGUCAUAUAAAUGGACAACAGCAACAACAACCUUUUAAACCAUCAGUGAAUUCAAAUACAUCGAUUUCAUUACCACCACCAUUUAAACCUCAAGCUAAAUUAUUACCAAUGCAACAUUUAACUAAACAACAACCACAACAACAACAUCAACAUCACCAACAACAACAACAACAUUAUCAGCAACAACAACAACAACAGCAGCAGCAGCAUCAGCAAUCAUUGAAUUCAUCAAAUGUAUCAACAUUACCUCCACCAUCAAAUAAUAUAGAGGAUGAUGAUUUAUUUAGUAAUUUUGAUGAUAUCGAUACAAGUAUGUCAUUGGAUAUCAGUGUUUUACAUGGUAAACAACAGAAAGCAGCACCACCACCACAACUACAACAGAAUGAUCAUAAUCAAUUGACUUUAUAUAAUGAUGGUGGUAAAGCAAUGGAGGAAGAGACAAUUCACAUCACUCAACAUGAUUUAGCAUUAAAGUCGAUGAGAGAUGAGUUGGAAGAAUUGAAAAAGUCGUUGGCCGACAGAGACAGAUCACUUCAAGAGAAGGAAAAGAUGUUGCAUCAUAUGCGAAUCAAUGCAACAAAAGAAAAGGAAGCUGAGAUGGCUCGUGAGAAAGAACGUGCAUUGGAAAGAGAUCGUGAGAACGAGAGAGAACUACACAGAGAGAAAGAAAGAGAAAAAGAGAAAGAAAAGAUGGCAACUGAGAAGAGACAAAGAGAAACUAUCGUUGCUGAACUAAAUGAAGUUAAAAAGAAACAAAAAACAGAACAACAACAAAAUACCACAACAACAAACAAUAAUAAUAGUAGUCGUAAAAGUAAUAAUAAGAUUGAUUGGUCAAAUAAUAAUAAUAAUGAAAAGAAUAAUACUACACAUAUAUUAUGUAGAUUAAUGACAAAUAUUGUUGAUGGUAAACCAAGUAUAUUGUAUUUGAUACCACCAAAUGUUCAGAACAAGCUACAUCUACCAUUGACUAGCUCAAUGGGUGGAAAUUCGAUUGGAAGUUUGUCGUCGUCUUCUCUUGUGUUGCCACCAGUGUCUGCCACUGCCAAUCUACUUUCGAAUUCACUCUCUUCACAAAAGUCAACUACUUCUGCAAGCAGACCAAAGUCUUUGCCGCAACCAGUGAAAACACCGACAUCCACAGCACACGACAACAAACAUCACCAAUUGGCAUCGAAACAACCGGGCACUGGUAACUCAACGAUCAUCGACCAACAACCAGUUGUAAUAGAUCUUGAAAAUUCACCUAAAGUGUUAUUACAACAAUUACCACCACCACCACCACCACCACAACUACAGUUACUUCCACAGCCAAUUAAACAAUCACAAAGUACAACUUCAAUAUCCAUCAAUAACAAUGGUAAUAAUCAAGAAUUGACAUUAUUAAAUGAGAAUCUAGAUCCAAUGGAUAUAGAUAAUCAAGCUACAUCACUACAAGCUAUAGAGCAAGCAAGUGAAGAGUUGGCCAAGUCAUUAUCGUUUGUCAUGUCAAUGCAACAACCUUGUAGCACACUAUUAUUUAAACUAUUACCUUUUUUAAAGAUGACAAAUUUAUUUUUAGUUGAUAAAGCAUUGGAUGUAAUUUAUAUAUUAUUAACAUCUUGCAGUGAAUGUAGAGAACAAUUCUUAAAAUAUAAUCAACAGCAACAACAACAACAACCAAGCCAACAGAAUAAUAAUAAUAAUUGUAAUAAUAGUAAUAAUAACAACAAAAAGAAUAAGUCCUUUACUUUGAAAACCAAUAACAAUCAGUCAAUAACUAUAUACCAACUUAAUAACUUUAAAAGUAGUAGACUAUGUACAUUUAUACAACCAUCGACAAAUACAACAAACAACAAUAAUAAUAAUAAUGAUCCAACAAUAACACCAACACAAUCUGAUAAUAAUAAUAAUAUGAAUAUGCCCUCUACAAACUGUGAUAUACUUUCAUAUCUUUUAGAGAAUUUAUCAAAGAGAUUCCAACCUGAACCUAUAUUAUUAACAAAGAUAUGUAGAAUUUCAAUGUUGGUUGCCAAUGAAUUUAGUAUCUUAAAUAGAUCUUAUGGAGUAUUCCUACCAUUUUAUCAACAACCUAUUAUUACUAGUGUAUUCCAAUCACAGUCUCUCGACUUGAAAGAAUCAUACCUAGGUUUAAUAGAAUCAACGAUAUCAGAUCAACAACUCUACGAAUACUCACAGAAACCAUUCAAAGAUGAUAAUUUCGAACACUGUCUUAUUGAGAGAAUCAUUAUCUUUAUGGCCAAACAGAAAUUUAAUGAUAAGAAUUUAUCAAGAAGAUUAAGACUCUCUGCUAUCAAAGUGUUGAACAAGGUAGUAGUAAAUCACAACAAUAGCUUCAUUACAUUCAGAGAUGUGUUGCUACAAGGUACUAUUCUUUUGUAUCAAUCAGAGUAUAUCGAUAUCAUUAGCGAUGUCUCAAAAUCAGAGUUAUUAAAGUAUAAUAACAAUAAUAAUAAUAUUAUAGAACAACAGAUAUUAAAUAAUAAUAAUAAUAAUAAUAUAUCAUCACCAUCAUCAUCAGAUAGUUCUAUACAACUUAUAAAGGAAUCAUUGAAAUUACUGGCAUUCAUCUACUGUAAGACCAAUGAAGAUUCAAUCUUGAAAGCAGAAAGAGAAUUGGAUAUAUUGAAAUCGAUUGGCUUUGUAGUAGCGAAAUACAGACAUAUUCCAAUGCUCAAAGAGCUUUCCGAUCUCAAUGAAAACCUGAUAGACGUACUAGAUUUAAAUUUAAAUCAUGAUGAAUCAUUUACAACCUCAUCAUCCAUUUCAAAUCCACAUUCUAACAAUUAA